AACGAGAAUGCGAUGCCGACUCGGAGAACUUAAAACACCAUUCAUACGCUGUGGAUGUUAGGCUGCCUCCUCAGUACACACAGAGUUAUCACCGAGUCCCCCUCCGCCACGCGGCCACCCCCGGUUCCCUCCACAGCAGCUAGUGAACUCACGGGUGUCCGACGGAAGUUGCCACAAGGGGCAAACUCCCGACCGGACUCUCAAGCGGAUUCAGUGGAUGUACCUGCUGGCACGUCUCGCCUUCCGGGGAAGUCGGGAGUCGGAAGCCUCGUGCGCACAGAAGUGUCGAGUAUUGCUAAAAAGGGUUCCGUGAUACCUCCUCCGGCGAUGGUUUCUGCUCUUCCAUUUUCCGGUAUGAACAUGGAGGCUGAACGUGCGAGAUUAGCCAAGGAUACUCAGCGGUGGAUCAACGAAGGUGGGAUUACCAGGAAGGCUCUGUUGAUUCCAUCAAGCUUGUUUAUUCACUGUUAUUCUUUUUCAUCACUCUCAAUUUCUUAAUGCACUCACAAUCUUAUCUGACCAAGUAAAACCAACCGUCGCGAGUUGAUCGUGUUGCGACCAUCAUUAAGCAUGCAUUGCCUAAAGAAAACCGUUUCACUAAUUUAAUGAUGUAAACUUGGCGGUGGCGAGCAUCUUCUGACUACUGAACCUGUUUAUUGAAAUGCGUUCAUUCACAUGCAGCAUAUUGUUCGACAGCAAAAUCUCCGCAGCUUUUCUCGAUUGUUGCCCUGGCUCGCUAGAUACCGC